ACAAGUGUGGAAAUCAUAUAUUUAACAUUGCACAACAGAAUAAUUCUGAACAAUGAAUUUCAACUUUAUUAUUUUAUUGCUCGGAAUUUCUUUCUCAUAUAUUGCGAUGGAACAAUCAGCCGUGAUUCGGGAUGUGCCUCUCAACUGGACAGAAGCAAGAAACGAAUGCAGGGAGACAAAUUCACAUCUAUUAAACUUCUUUGAAAUGAAAAAUAGGCUUGAUUACUUCAAAAGCGCAUUGAUACAAAACACAAAGUACUGGGUUGCAGAAACAUGGAAAGAAAAAAUAUAUUUUGUGAAAGGUUGUCAAUCGAAAAUUCAAGGAUUGUCAAUGGUAAUUGAUCAAGGAAAUAUCUUUUCCGAAUGUGUGAAAUAUUGCGAAAAUCAAAACUAUACGACAAUAGGACUACAGGGAUCCACUUGCUCUUGUAUUGUCAAAGAAAAUUUUGAAAACUUGGAAUCCAACAGUUGCGACAUUGAAUGUGCUUGGAACAAUAUUUCAUGUAGAGCGGAAAAAUGUUCAUUCGCAAUUUAUCAGUUGGCAAAAGAUGUGCCUCAACGUCUUCCAGGAGACCUCUUCGACGAUUGUGUUUAUUAUAACACGAUAAUAAAGUUUUCAAGAGACGAUUGUAAUAAAAAAUACCACUUUAUUUGUCAAGGUAACAAUGGAGAGUUAAAAGUUCAUGAUAUUCUAUUCACAUGGAUGGAAGCUUAUGAAAAUUGCUCUAAAGAACACAUGAUUCUCGCUAAUAUAAACAAGAACACUAUGCUUGGAAUACGUCAUAUCGAAGACAACAAAAAGUAUUGGAUUGGAUUAAGACAGAUGUACAUCUAUCAAAAAGAUAUGAAAUCGUUUCUAUGUUCCUUUAUUCAAAAGUAUAAUUCAAUUGGUCUCCUAACAUAUUCAAGAGAAGAUUGCUCGAUAAAUACACCAUACCUUUGUUUAGAAGGUAAGGAAAGGUCAAUUUAUGUAUUACAUGAAAUAUUUUACUUGCAUCUGUUGUUGCAGAGUGUAAAAUGACAAUAAUUACAUGUAUUGUGAAUACAAACUGAUCGUUGAUUUGACUUUUGGUGAAAAUACUCUU